AUGUGUAUAGCUCUAAGACGAAUGUUUUGUUUUGCUUUUUUUGCAGAAAUCAUCGUCAGCGCUACAGCCGAAAUUCGUAAUCACACAAUGAGGAUUUUGACGAUCGCCUGGAUUUUGGUUGUGGUCACGUGGUGCUGCGACAGCGCCGUUAUCUAUGACCCGGUGGUUCAAAACACCCGUUACUAUGAGCCCAGAAUUCAGGACUUGGAGCUUCUCGACAAAAACUUUUUUGACAUGGCUGCGAUCGAAAAGAGGAACGGCGCAAUGCAAGGUGAAUCACCGAGAAGUCGCCCUAGUUUGUCCAUCGUCAACUCACUGGACGUCCUCCGACAAAAAUUAAUGUAUGAGGUGGCGCGGCGACACGUAGAUGAGAAUCAGAAAGUGCUGUCGCAAAACCACCAGAUACUGAAAAACUUAGGAAAGCGGUCACUGUUUCCUUUUAUCGAAGUACCACGGAGGUACAACGUAUUUCGUAUAUAA